GUGGGAAGAGGGAAGCGCUACGUGCAGGAAGAGGGAGCCUCCAUCUUAGGCGCUCGUCGCGGCGGCGGGAUGGCGACGGAUAGCCGGGAGGAGAAGGAUGGUGAACUGAAUGUUCUGGAUGACAUUUUGACUGAUGCUCCUGACCAGGAUGAUGAGUUGUAUAACCCCGACAGUGAGCAAGACAAAAGUGAGAAAAAGGGAUCAAAAAGAAAAACUGACAGGAUGGAAAACGCUGAAAGCAAGAGGCAAAAACCUUCUGUGCAUUCUUCGAGGCAGAUGAUGCCAAAGCCUCCCAGUUCAUCAGUUAGCAAUAAUAAGAGAAUAGUGAGUACAAAAGGAAAGCCAGUAUCUGAAUACAAGACUGAGGAGUAUCAGAGAUCUGACAGAAGCAAGCGCCCAGACUGUGAUCGAAAGAUGCGAAUGUCAAGCAGUUCCAGGGAACCUUAUAAAGGACAACCAGAAAAAUCUUGCAUGAGGAAGAGGGAUAUUGACAGAAGGGCGAAGUCUUCUACACCGGAUGGUUCAGAGAGAAUCAGGCAUGAUGUGGAUAGAAGACCAAGCAGAUCUAGCCAUUCUUCAAAAGAAGAGGUGAACUCUGAGGAAUAUUGUUCAGAUCACGAGACUGGCAGUAGUGGUUCCUCUGAACAAGGCAACACAGAGAAUGAGGAGGAAGGAAUGGAAGAGGAGGAAGAUGACGAAGGGGAGGAGGAUGAAGAAGUAGAAGAAGAUGGUGAGGAAGAUGAAGAAGAAUAUGAACAGGAUGAGAGGGAUCAGAAGGAAGGAAAUGACUAUGACACCCGGAGUGAAGCCAGCGAUUCUGAUUCUGAAUCUGCCUCUUUCACAGAUGGGUCAGUCAGAUCGGGGUCUGGUUCAGAUGCAUCAGAUGAGAAAAAGAAGGAGAGGAAGAGAGCUAGAGGUAUCUCUCCAAUUGUUUUUGACAGAAGUGGAAGUUCUGCAUCAGAAUCCUAUGCAGGUUCAGAAAAGAAGCAUGAGAAAUUAUCAUCUUCCGUUCGUGCUGUCCAAAAAGACCAAACAAGUAAACUUAAAUACAUUCUCCAAGAUGCAAGAUUUUUUCUCAUCAAGAGUAAUAACCAUGAAAAUGUAUCACUUGCUAAGGCAAAGGGAGUAUGGUCAACACUUCCAGUGAAUGAAAAGAAGCUUAAUGCUGCAUUUAGAACAGCAAGGAGUGUUAUUUUGAUAUUUUCUGUAAGAGAGAGUGGCAAAUUCCAAGGGUUUGCCAGAUUGUCUUCUGAGUCCCAUCAUGGAGGAUCACCUAUACACUGGGUGCUGCCUGCAGGAAUGAAUGCAAAAAUGUUGGGCGGUGUCUUUAAAAUUGACUGGAUUUGCAGGCGGGAAUUGCCGUUCACUAAGUCUGCUCACCUGACCAAUCCUUGGAAUGAACAUAAGCCAGUAAAGAUUGGACGCGAUGGACAGGAAAUUGAGCCGGAAUGUGGAACCCAACUUUGUCUUCUCUUCCCUCCUGAUGAAAGUAUUGACUUGUAUCAAGUCAUUCAUAAAAUGAGGCACAAGAGAAGAAUGCACUCACAACCCCGAUCAAGAGGACGCCCAUCCCGUCGAGACCCCGUUCGGGACGUGGGAAGGCGUCGACCAGAAGAUUAUGAUAUUCAUAACAGCAGAAAGAAACCAAGGAUUGACUAUCCCCCUGAGUUUCACCAAAGACCAGGGUAUAUAAAGGAUCCCAGAUAUCCUGAAGUAGACAGACGAUUUUCAGGAGUUCGACGAGAUGUAUUUUUAAAUGGGUCCUACAAUGACUACGUGAGGGAAUUCCACAACAUGGGACCACCACCACCAUGGCAAGGAAUGCCACCGUAUCCAGGUAUGGAGCAACCACCGCACCACCCUUACUAUCAGCACCAUGCACCUCCACCUCAAGCUCACCCUCCAUACUCAGGACAUCACCCUGUACCACAUGAAGCAAGAUACAGAGACAAACGAGUACACGACUAUGACAUGAGAGUAGACGACUUCCUUCGCCGCACACAAGCCGUUGUCAGCGGGCGGAGAAGCCGGCCCCGAGAGAGGGACCGAGAGCGGGAGCGUGACCGGCCUCGAGAUAAUCGGAGAGACAGAGAACGUGACAGAGGCCGUGAUCGGGAAAGGGAGAGAGAGAGGAUUUGUGACCGGGACAGAGACAGAGGUGAAAGAGGUAGAUACCGAAGAUAAUCUAUCUGGAGCCAGUGCUCACUUGAAACAAAAAAAGCUUGUAUUUUUUUGUGUAUUUACAAGUAGUACAUUUUAUUUUCAGCUGUCUACUUAAAGUUCGUUGUGUAGAAGGAUUUAUAAUGACCCUCUCUAUUCCAAGCAUGCAGUGAACUAUAAACUGGAAAAACUCAAAUAGGCCAAAAAUAAAAUGCACAAAGCUGGCACUCAACUUCAUGUUUCUAUUGAAACACAGUUGGAAGCAGCUAAGAAUGUAGAUAUUGAUUAAUUCUCGAUAAGUGUUCAUCUACUUAGUGACUUCAUUCUAGGUUUUUGAAUACUGAUGGAUAACUGCCUUUUUUUUUUUUUUUUUUUUUUUUUUUUU